UGUUUGAGGAUUUUAAGUUUUUUUUACGUGUCAUCUUGUCUUUAACACAGAGGCAACCAUUUUCCGUUGGGCUGCAUUAUCUCCUUCCCUUCACUCUAGUCAGUCUACACCACUAUCUACCUCAUUUCUGCACAUUUUCGGCGACACACACUCUUCCAGGAUGAAGAUGAUGUCAUUGGUUCGGCCACUCUUGAUGAGGCGAGGAUUCAGUACGAGCUCUGAGAAAAUGGUUGCCUCUGUGCUGUUUGAGAGAUUGCCUGUGGUUAUUCCCAAAAUUGACCCUAAUGUUUAUGCUUUUCAAGAAUUCUCGUUUCGAUGGCGGCAACAAUAUCAACGCAGAUAUCCUGAUGAAUUUCUAGACAGAUCCGAUGCAAGAGGGAAAGGUGAUUAUCAGAUUGACUAUGUGCCAGCACCGCGAAUCACCGAAGCAGACAAACAAAAUGAUCGAAGGUCACUACAAAGGGCUCUUGAUAGAAGACUUUACCUUCUUCUCUUUGGUGAUGCUUAUGGGGCUCCAAGUGGAAAGCCUGUGUGGCAUUUUCCAGAAAAAGUAUAUGAAUCAGAGGAUACCAUGCGUAAGUGUGCAGAAUCUGCCUUGAAAUCAGUCUUGGGAGAUCUUUCAAAUACAUAUUUUGUCGGAAAUGCUCCGAUGGCCCAUAUUGUUGUUCAGCCUAAAGAAGAGCAGACAGGAUCAACAUCUUUUAAGAAAUUCUUCUUCAAAUCACAAGUAAUUGCUAAAAACAAGUUCGACAUUGGCAAAGGUGAGGACUUUGUUUGGGUGACUAAGGAUGAAUUGAUGGAGUAUUUUCCUGAGCAAGCUGAGUUUUUAAACAAAAUGAUCAUUAGCUGAUGACAGUGGAGAUGGUUGUUUAAUCAAAACUAUUACCUGGUUCAUUGAAUUUUGAAAGAAGAUGAAUGUAACAGUUUACUUGGUUCAUUGAAUUUUGAAAGAAGAUGAAUGUAACAGUUUCUGGGAUCAACAAAAGGUGUUUGAAUUAAAAUUAGAUUUAACAUCUCAGUCUGAGGCCAUUAUUUAGAAACUUAUUUCUACUUGUCAGCCGGGGUGUCAGCUGUAUUUUGGCCGUAGUUUGUGCUGUAAUAACAAGUUGCCAUGGUGAUUAUGAUGUUGAGAAUAUGUUGCCCAAUUUUGUAGCUGUUGUCCAUGGAUAUAUCUUAUUAGCUAGCUCACCAA